AAGGAGGUCCAAAUGACAUUAUGGUUCCAGCCGCGGGCCUAGUUGUGGGCGAUAACGACGGCUGGUGGUGGCUUGGUCCAUACAAUUUGAAUUGCACAACUUUUGGUCAUCAACCACGUAGGACCCCCUGCGUGUCCCCCACAAUGCUGACAACUCAGCUAAUUUCAAGCCUUUCUUUCCUCACUAUCCUUUGGACAACUUGUCUCGCUGCUGGAGACAACUUCCUGGUCGCUCCUGGUGGAGCACGAAGUUCGUCAAGCACCGGCGAUAAUGCCCAACGCGUACUUGAACAUCAUCCCGUACAGAAUACGGAUUGUCCAAUCGAGACCACCCUGUGCAACUACGAAACAGUAGAAAGCGUCAAUGAUGACUUGUUUGAUGUCCUGCACCAGCUUGUACAAACACCCUUCUUUCGAUAUUACAAGGUCGACCUCUAUAAAGAUUGCCCUUUCUGGGACGAUGUUGACAAAUGUGCAAGUCGCGACUGCGUGAUUCAAGCUGUGGAUGAGGUAAAGCGUGUUUACGUGGACCAGUCGGAAGAAUCGACUGACCCUUCGACAGA